GCACGUUGUCCCCACGUUACCACUUACCAGUCCAAGCGCACUGACCAACCAUUCAUCUUCAAAGCCUCCAUGCCAAACUGAGGCUUCAGCCUCAUCCCGUAAUUUCCGUGUCGCCAGAUGCGCCUCCAACGUAUUCAAGAAGCGGACGAGGAUGCCGACUCGGUUCAUCAACUGGCGAACGAUGAUGCACUCUCACCGGGUGGGUCAUUUCCGCCGGGCACGAUUUUUCUUCAUGGGGACGAACUGAUUGAAGAUGAAUCCCCAGAGAGUUUUUUUGAAGCGGGAUUGGGCGUGAAUGUUCUACAUGACAUUGAGCCAAUCGAGGACGACGAUGGUGCCAACCCCCUCACAGGCGCACAACAACCUUCACACACGCGGAUUCCUGGUUUAACAAAUCUCUCCAACUUGUCACUCACCUCCGUCUUUUCGACCUUUUCUAGGGGAUCAGUUCUAUCGUUGCGGAGCGCUGGGGUCACAUAUUCCCUGAAGGAUCUUUGUGAUCAAGUCAUCGAGAAGCACAUCUGGCUUCAAACGGCGAGGAUAAUCAGUACAUCCUGCUAUCAGGAUCGAAAUGUCAUUCGACACCGCUACCUGAUCUUACAGUUACAACGUCGGGGAAAAAAAGAUAUAUGGAUGCGGAUUGAUCGAAAGGCUGGAUUGGGUAUUCUCUCACUCGUGCGAAAAGGUGGUAAAACGCGUGCCUCUGAUAGGGCUCAGCUCUCGGCGUCCAAGGAGGAGCUCAUUGGCAGGGGACGCCGGGAGAAUGUCCAAAUAUUCGAAAAGCCGCCCUUUCUUGGUGAUUUUGGAGUCUUUCUUCGCGUUAUCUCUGAAGAGCUACUAGAGUACAAGAUCUGGCCGGAGAACUGCUGGAUGUUCUGUUCACUCCUGCAGGAGCAUCUUGGCAUCUCAGGACACGGACGUUACCAAGUCGGCGGUCCUGUCGCUCGAAACAUAGCAAGUGAAGUUCGAACGAGAGUAUCUGAGCAAGUGGCAGCCCAUGUAACGCCUAUCACGAUUAUGACAUCAUUACACAGCUCGCUUUGGACUUUUAGCCCUCGGUGGCAACCCUUAGGCCUUGCGAAGCCGAUCGGGUGGCUUACUCAUUCGAUUGGAUCAUUUCUUUCCAAAUUCGCCUACCCAGCGCAAGACGAAGAAACUCGUCGCCGUUCGCAUGGCAUCCUGGAAUGGAUCACAAACUCCCCACUUGUCGCUCACUUAGAACAGAGCGAUCUUCAUUCUUAUAUUGCUACACACUGCAUCGAGACCCUUUGUCAUUUGCCAGAGGAAAAUGUUCUCCAACUCCCCAACCCUUUAAUCCUCAACUCCGACAUCCCAGACCUCCCCCGUCAGAUUCAAUCAAAAAUUUCCCCCAAUGUUCAAUAUUCUGUGCUCUAUGGCCUCUUACAUGUAGUGGAAGUUGAAAACCCUUCUACGGAACUAUUUAGCAAAUUAGAACUGUUCUUUGCUGGAUCAGUGAUCAAAUGGUUGGAAAUCUUGAGCCUGCUAGGGGCGACAAAGAAUGCUCUCGUCGAAUUGGAUAAAAUUGUCGUUUGGUAUAAGCGUCAGAGCCGUCGAUUACAAGACCAGAAUCUGAAGGAGUCUUUACUCGGAUUGCUAUUUCAAUGCCGUCGCUUUACCCACCAAUACUAUGGGGUCAUUUCGGCUUCCGCUGGACAUACCAUACACUCAGCCUUGUCUCACUCACCCGAACCAGAAUGGCGAAGGCGAUACUACAAAGCUUCCCCUGAAUGCCUCCCAACAGUGCGAUGGACGGGUUCUGUAUGGGAUGGUUUCCUUACGAUCCGAGAACACACCGGAUGGGUCUGGUCGGUCUCAUUCUCGCCCGAUGGAUCUACGGUAGCCUCGGCAUCCAGCGACGAGACGAUACGGAUCUGGGAUACAUUGACAGGAGACGAACUCAAAGUGCUCCGAGGGCACACCGGGCCGGUCUGGUUGGUCUCAUUUUCGUCCGAUGGAUCCAAACUAGCCUCGGCAUCCAGGGACGAGACGGUACGGAUCUGGGACGCGGAGACAGGGGACGAGCUCAAUACCCUCCUAGGGCACGUAGGGUGGGUCUGGUCGGUCUCAUUCUCGCCCGAUGGCACCAGGCUAGCCUCAGCGUCCAAUGACAGGACGGUACGGGUCUGGGAUGUAGAGAAAGGGGAUGAACUGAAUGUCCUCCGAGGGCACACCCAGUCGGUCUUGUCGGUCUCAUUCUCGUCCGAUGGAUCCAGGCUAGCCUCGGCAUCUGUAGACGAGACUGUUCGGAUCUGGGAUGCGACAACAGGGGACGAACUCAAGGUCCUCGAAGGCCACGCCGGGUGGGUCUCGUCAGUCUCAUUCUCGUCCGAUGGAUCCAGGCUAGCGUCGGUAUCCAGGGAUGAGACGGUACGGAUCUGGGAUACAGAGAAAGGGGACGAACUCAAGGCCCUCCGAGGGCACACCGGGUGGGUUUUUUCGGUCUCAUUUUCGUCCGAUAAAUCGAGGGUAGCUUCUGCGUCCGGUGACGGCACGGUACGGGUUUGGGAUGCAGUGACAGGGGAUGAACUCAAGGUCCUCCGAGGACACACUGGGGCAGUCUGGGCGGUCUCAUUCUCGUCCGAUGGAUUCAGUCUAGCUUCGGCAUCCAGGGACAAGACGGUACGGAUCUGGGAUGCAGUGACAGGUGACGAACUCAAGGUCGUCCGAGGGCACACGGGUUGGAUCUCGUCGGCCGCAUUUUCACCCGAUGGAUCCAGGGUAGCCUCGGCAUCCGACGACGAGACGGUACGGAUUUGGGAUGCAGUGACAGGGGAGGAACUCAAGGUCCUUCGAGGCCACGCUGGAUCUGUCUUGUCAGUCUCAUUCUCGCCCGAUGGAUCCAAGCUAGCCUCGGCAUCCGGGGACGGGACGGUACGAAUCUGGAACGCAGCGACAGGGAACGAGCUCAAAGUUCUCCGAGGGCACACCGGGUGGGUCUUGUCAGUCUCGUUCUCGCCCGAUGGAUCCAAGCUAGCCUCGGUAUCCAAAGAUGAGACGGUACGGAUCUGGGAUGUAGUGACGGGGAAUAAACUCAAGGUCCUCCGGGGUCACACCGGGUGGGUCUUGUCAGUCUCAUUCUCAUCCGAUGGAUCCAGGCUAGCCUUGGUAUCUGGUGAUGAGAUGGUACAAACGUGGGACGUAAAGACUGGGAAAGCGAUUCGUAUCGAUGACAAUUUCAUCCCCUACCUAGAUUUAUUCUCCGAUCCAAGCACAUGCGACUGCUCAUUUGCAGAAGUUAAACAUGGACCUAACCACACUCACCUGUUCAUCGGAGCAUGUGGGACACCUCAUUUUAUUGCCCCUUCCCAUAUAAGUGGCAUUAUAACCACUUGGAAGAUGUCACACGAUCGGCAAGCCCUUGCUAUUAGUUUGGAUGAUGGAGGACUCUUCCUUGUUCAAGCCCCCAAAAUAUACCGAUGUGUUGGACAUGGACCGUAAUGAUUUGAUUGGUCGGUCUAUCAAGAGCUAAGAUAACCUUGCCACAUCCAAUAUCCCAUUUUGAUGACCGAUGAAUAUGAGGUCACUCCUUGUGCACGCACCCGCGUUCCCAUUGGUUUUGUUGUAACGACAGUGACAGUCUGUGUCCAUUCAGCGCCAUGUCCUAUAACGAGAGGCACGAUAUUUAUUUAUAUCAAUAUUCGCUCAUUCUUUUUUUUCUUUCAGUUCUACUGCGUUUGAGACUGAAGUUUGUCUUUCCUUUAUCAUUAUUUCAUUUUAUAUCUUGCUCAAUACAUAUCUGUAAUAACUGUGCAAC